AUGAGUAUUUCGGACAACCUUCCCACUGGCGACGCCGCCCGUUUCGAUUACAUUAUCGUCGGAGGUGGUACAGCUGGCUGUGUGAUUGCCAGUCGUCUUUCCGGAUACUUACCUCAAAAGCGAAUUCUCGUCAUCGAAGGCGGGCCAAGCGAUGUUGGAGAUAGUCGCGCACUGGUCCUCAAGGACCGUGUCCAAAUGUUGGGAACGGAAUUGGACAUGAGAUAUCCGUCCGUUCAGCAGCCGAUGGGGAACAGCCAUAUUAUCCAGUCUCGAGCCAAAAUCCUUGGAGGGUGUUCGAGCCACAAUGACAUGGUUUCAUUUCGUACGCCGGAGUACGAUGCUUACACCUGGGAAAAACUGGGCUGUAAGGGCUGGUCGUUUGAUAUGUUCCAGCGAGUGCAACGCCGUCUUCGAGUUGCAACUCGUCCACGAGCUCACCCCCAAGAUCAAAACCAGUUGAGCAAGGACUGGAUCCUAUCCGCCCAUCGUGCUCUCGGCCUGCCCUACGUCAGCAAUCUGAAUAACGCCAUCUCUUCCUCGGCGGGGUUGACCCAGGCGGUUGGCUGGACUCCGCUCUCUUAUAAUCCGGAUAACGGCUGGCGUAGUAGUGCUAGUGUCGCCUACAUUCACCCUAUUCUACGAGGAGAGGAGGAGCGGCCAAACUUGGUUAUUCUGACCAAUGCUUGGGUCUCCCGUGUGAAUGUGCGAGGGGAUGUCGCUGUCAGCGUUGAUGUCACUACCCGAGAUGGAACGAAACACACCGUUCAUGCUUCGACGGAGAUUAUUCUCUGUGCUGGAUCCAUUGAUACUCCUCGACUCAUGCUUCUCUCAGGACUGGGCCCCAGGAAGCAGCUAGAGUCCGUUAACGUUCCCGUUGUCAAGGACAUCCCAGGCGUAGGAGAAAACCUACAGGAUCACCCAUGCACCUUCGUCGUUUUUGACCUUCACAGAGACGUCCCAAGUCAAACAGCUACGCACUCGGACGUCCUUGCGUUUCUCCGCCACAAGCCGUACAACUGGGCCGGCGACGACGGAAACGUCCCGGAUCUUGAGCUGCAUAUGUGGCAGCUUGACUGGUGCGAUGAAACCACUCGACUCGGCUACGAAAGACCAAAGCGUCCGUUCUGCAUCUUGCCCGUUCUUUUGCGUCCGCAAACAAGCGGGCGACUCUACUUGAAGUCGAACGAUCCCAACGAGAAGCCAGCGCUCGACUUUAAAUACUUUGAGGACCCUGCUGGCUACGAUGCGGAGCUUCUCGUUGCGGGUAUUAAAGCAUCCAGGAAGAUGGCCGAAACGCAGCCUUUCAAGAGUUGGAUCAAGCGAGAGAUCGCUCCAGGCCCGAACGUUACUUCUGACGAGGAUUUGAACAAGUAUGCUCGUGCAGCCUCCCAUACUAUCUACCACCCAGCUUGCACGACUAAGAUGGGUGACGUCGACAAGGAUCCUAUGGCUGUGGUAGAUCCACGGCUCAAGGUCCGGGGUAUCAAGAAUCUUCGAAUCGCCGAUGCCGGCGUCUUUCCUAGUAUGAUCACGGUGAAUCUGAUGCUGACGGUAUUGGCGGUUGGCGAACGUGCGGCUGAGAUUAUUGCUGAAGAUGCUGGUUGGACUGGACGAGAUUCUCACUUGUGA